AUGGACCCAGGAAACUGUUCUAUGGUGACUGAGUUCCUCCUGGCCGGGCUAACAGAGAGCCCAUGGCUCCAGCUGCCCCUCUUCCUCCUCUUUCUGGGAAUCUAUGUGGUCACGGUGGUGGGGAACCUGGGCAUGGUCACGCUGGUUGGGCUCAGUCCUCACCUGCACAACCCCAUGUACUAUCUCCUCAGCAGUCUGUCCUUCAUUGAUCUCUGUCAUUCCACCGUCAUUACUCCCAAGAUGCUGGUGAACUUUGUGACAGAGAAGAAUGUCAUCUCCUACCCAGCGUGCAUGACCCAGCUCUACUUCUUCCUGGUGUUUGUCAUCUCAGAGUGUCACAUGUUGGCCGUGAUGGCAUAUGACCGCUAUGUUGCCAUCUGCAGCCCCUUGCUGUACAACGCCAUCAUGUCUCACCGCCUCUGCUUCUGUCUCACACUGGGAGUUUAUAUUUUGGGUAUUACUGGGGCUACAGUUCAUACAGGCUUUAUUUCAAGACUUGUUUUGUGUCAGACAAAUGUGAUCAACCAUUAUUUCUGUGAUCUCUUUCCUCUCUUGGAGCUAUCCUGCUCCAACGCCUAUAUCAAUGAGUUAUUGGUUUUGAUCUUCAGUGCAUUUAAUAUCCUGACUCCUGUCUUAACCAUCCUUGGCUCCUACGUCUUCAUCAUUGCCAGCAUCCUCCGCAUCCACUCCACCAAGGGCAGGUCCAAGGCCUUCAGCACCUGCAGCUCCCAUGUCUCUGCUGUCUCUGUCUUCUUUGGCUCUGCAGCAUUCAUGUACCUGCAGCCAUUAUCGGUCAGCUCCAUGGACUAUGGCAAAGUGUCCUCGGUGUUUUACACCAUUGUUGUGCCCAUGCUGAACCCCCUGAUCUAUAGCCUGAGGAAUAAGGAUGUCAAUAUUGCUCUUAAAAAGUUCUGGACAAGAGGACAUGUUUGUAAAUAG